AGUUGAUAACGGCAACUUCCUGGUAUCAUCAUCGUAAUCAUUGUAGUUUGUACUUGUAGUAAUGCGUUUCAAUGGAUAAAAAGCACGAAUUUAAAAAUGCUCUAAUUGGUGAACCUAUUGAUUACAGCUUUAAUGUACUUUUUAUAUGAACGUUGUUGGAGUUGCUCACCUUCUAAAUGUCGGACCAUAUUGAGAAAACAGUUGUUCCGGGUAAUGCUGGACCCCGAAGUUCAGUGUUGUCAGCUGGCCAACCAGAGAGUUCACAAUGUAAUACACUUGAAAGCAUCGAUGAUAAAUCAGAUGAAAUUGAUGGACUAAAGAGUUUUAUGCAAAGCAGUGGUCCUGACUACCAGCCUCUACAUGAUCCAGAUUUGAGCACUGUACUCUCCAGGACCAGUUCCACCCAGUCCUACCCUGCCUCCGCCCAAAACCGUCAAAUUUUCAUCAAUGCAGAAUGUCAGAAAUUUUGCUCAAAUGAAAUCAGCACUGCCAAGUACAACGUAUUCACAUUUUUACCCAAGUUUUUGUUUGAACAGUUCCGAAAAUAUGCCAACAUCUUUUUCCUCUUUAUUGCUCUUAUGCAGCAAAUUCCUAAUGUAUCACCUACGGGGAGAUAUACAACCGCAGUACCUCUUAUGCUCAUCCUCUCUGUGUCAGCCAUCAAGGAAAUUGUUGAGGACAUUAAAAGACACAGAGCGGAUGGGAGUCUUAAUAACAGAGCAACACAUGUUCAUAGAAGUAACAAAUGGAUGGAGGUGAAGUGGAAAAAUGUCAUUGUGGGAGACAUUGUGAAAAUAGAUGAUGGUGAACAUUUUCCUGCCGACCUUAUCUUGUUGUCUUCUAGCGAGCCUCAAGCUAUGUGCUAUAUAGAAACUUCUAACCUUGAUGGAGAAACAAAUCUCAAAUUGCGGCAGGGUUCUCCGGCUACCUCCAACAUCGUGACAGGGGAACAGCUAACAGAACUCCGAGGGAUGGUGGAGUGUGAGCAGCCAAACAGGUUCCUGUAUGAGUUUGUGGGGAACAUUCGCAUUGGCAGCAAAAAGAACUCUCUUAAAAAUGACACAAGUUUUUGGCGUCGUACCCGUAAGAGCAUCAAACGUGACAAUAAUGCAAUGUGUAGCAGCAUGAAACCUGUACCAUUGGGCCCAGAUCAGAUUCUGCUGAGAGGCGCUUGUUUAAAAAACACCAGCUGGAUUUAUGGUCUCGUCAUCUACACUGGACCCCAGUCAAAGUUGAUGCUCAACUCCACAAGUACUCCUCUUAAAAGGUCUAAUGUGGAAAAAAUGACCAAUAAACAGAUAUUACUUCUGUUCCUCAUGUUGGUCAUCCUGGCAUUGGUCUGCUCUGUGGCUAAUCACAUCUGGGUAAAAGAAAAUGAAAAUGAGCACUGGUAUCUCUUCUAUCAUGCAAAACUUCGUAAUUAUUAUUAUGAACUAGUAAAAACCAAUUUUGGCUACAAUCUGCUGACCUUCAUCAUCCUGUACAACAAUUUAAUUCCAAUCAGCUUGCAAGUCACCUUAGAAAUGGUCAAGUUUGUUCAAGCUAUCUUCAUCAAUUGGGAUUUAGAUAUGUAUUAUGCCAAGACCAAGACGCAUGCCAAUGCCAGAACAUCAAAUUUAAAUGAAGAACUUGGUCAGAUCAAGUUCAUAUUUUCUGACAAAACUGGCACUUUAACACAGAACAUAAUGAGGUUCAGCAAAUGUUCCAUUGCUGGAGUUUGUUACGGGGACAAUGCUGAGAGUUCUGUCCAGUUCAAAGAUGACAGGAUAUUGCAGAAUCUCAAGUCCGGCCAUGCUACAGCUCAAGAAAUUAAUGACUUUUUAACCCUGCUGUCUGUGUGUCACACCGUUGUACCUCAGGUGAAUGCCACAACAGGCGAGGUGAAUUACCUGGCCUCCUCACCAGAUGAAGCAGCUUUAGUGAAAGCAGCUAAAGAUUUGCAGUAUGUCUUUACAACACGGACACCAGAAAAUGUCAUUGUCAAUGUAAUGGGGGAGCCUAAAACAUAUAAAAUACUUAGUGUUCUAGAAUUUACAAGUAAAAGAAAACGGAUGUCUGUGGUAGUGAGGACACCAGAAAAUAAGAUUGUCUUAUUUUGUAAAGGCGCGGACAAUGUGAUCUAUGAAAGACUAGGAAGUCAGGACUUCACAGAAGAAACCCUCAAUCAUUUAGAACAAUUUGCCAGCAUUGGCCUGCGGACCUUGUGUAUAGCAAUGGCUGAAAUUACUGAGGAAUUUUAUGAUGACUGGUCUCACACUUUCCACAAGGCCAGCACCUCCAUACAAAACAGGGAAGAGAAGCUAGAACAAGCUGCUGAACUUAUUGAAAAAGAUUUACGCCUGAUCGGGGCAACAGCUAUAGAAGAUAGGCUACAAGAUGGUGUGCCUGAAACUAUUGACACCCUGAGUAAAGCAGACAUCAAGAUCUGGGUCCUAACAGGGGACAAGCAGGAAACUGCCAUCAAUAUAGGAUACUCUUGUAAACUACUGAAUCAAAAUAUGGAUCUGAUCAUCGUCAAUGAGACCUCAUUAGAUAGUACACGAGAUGCUUUAAUUCGCCACAAGGGCCAGUUUGGAGAAAGUUUAGGGAAGGAGAAUUAUGUAGGACUUAUAAUUGAUGGCCAAUCUCUGAAAUAUGCCCUAACCUGUGAUUGCAAGCAAGACUUCCUUGAAAUAGCAUUAAGCUGUAAAGCUGUUAUUUGUUGUAGAGUGUCACCACUACAAAAAGCUGAGCUGGUUGACUUGGUCAAAGUGUCACAAAAAGCUAUAACACUGGCCAUAGGAGAUGGUGCUAAUGAUGUUGGCAUGAUACAGGCUGCCCAUGUUGGUGUUGGCAUCAGUGGAGAAGAGGGUCUGCAGGCAGCAUGUGCAUCAGAUUAUUCAAUAGCCCAGUUCCGUUUCCUUCAAAAACUGCUGCUGGUUCACGGAGCGUGGAGCUACAGCCGUGUUUGUAAACUUAUACUUUACAGCUUCUAUAAGAACAUAUGCUUGUAUGUGAUACAGUUUUGGUUUCAACUGAGCAAUGGCUAUUCAGGUCAGAUUCUCUUUGAAAGGUGGUCACUAGGUCUUUAUAAUGUGAUAUUCACUGCUGCACCACCUUUAGCCAUGGGCUUGUUUGACAGAUUCUGUUCUGCUGAGACCAUGAUGAAAAAUCCUAUUUUAUAUAAAGAUUCACAAAAUGGCGUCCUCUUCAAUGUUCUGACAUUUUGGAUCUGGAUCUUCAAUGCUGUUUUCCAUGCAGUGGUGCUGUUUUGGAUGACUGUAGCAACACUAAGAACUGAUAUAGCAUUUUCUGAUGGCAAAGUUGGAGACUACUUGUUUUUAGGAAACUUUAUCUAUACAUAUGUUGUCAUCACAGUAAGCAUUAAAGCUGGACUGGAAAUAGUGGCUUGGACCUGGCUGACCCACCUGGCAAUCUGGGGGAGCGUUGCAUGCUGGUUUAUAUUCCUGGUCUGCUACAGUCAUAUUUAUGAAAUAGUGCGCCUCUCUCCAGAAAUGAUUGGAAUGGAUCAAUAUGUACUCGGCUGUUCAUUAUUUUGGUUGGGUCUUCUAAUCAUUCCAUUUACAGCACUGCUGAGAGAUAUCGUAUGGAAAGUAUUUAGGAGAGAGUUCUUCAAGACCCAUAGGCAGUCAGUGCAAGAAUUAGAGUUGGCCCACAAAGAAAUCAAGAUAGAGUCGGCACUUAGGAAAAGAUUGAGACCAAUCUCUGAGAGAGCAAGACUGUUAAGCAGAAACUUGAUAAACCUCGGAGACCGCAUUGUGGGUGGGGCACGUAGGAGCCAGGCCAAUGCUUCUCCAGAAACUGGCACAGCCCGUGCAUAUAGCAAUGAUUUAGAGGAGCCCCCAUUUACUGUAGGGCAGGAACUUGCACAACAUAUAGGCCAGGACUGUGGUCUGUUUGGUAUUUACAAUGCUAAAAAUAUUCAGUGUGUUGUGGAUGAAAUAGAAGAGCCUAGCGAGAUGGAUUUGCUUUCUCCCAAGAAGAACAUGGUGUAGUGAAUCAGGCUGAGUACAUCCGUGCAUAUGAUACAAGACAAGCUAAGCCUGAAGGAUACUAGGACCAAAGAUUCUAUAUUGAUUCUUUUCUUCUCUACUCUCUGUCCUGAAGAAAUAUCCUUGUGUCUAUGUGGUCUUGUGGACAAAAUGUUUUAGAGUAAAGCCUCCUUACUGUUGAAGCCCUUUAGACAAUUGUGACUGAUGUUUUGUUUAUGGUUUGUUGCUAUUACUUAGUUCAUCAUUCCUGAACUUUGCUUUAAUACGUGUAUUUAUUAAAAGCUAACCUUGUGAAAAGUAUGUUUUGCUGUGUAUACUUAACCCCUUGAUUUUUCUAGUCAUUGCAAUUUGAUGUCAGACCCCUUUUUUUUAACACUAAAAUAAUUCCUUUAUCAUUAAAAAAUUUAUUAAUUAUUAAUGUAUCUUUUUUUAAUAGUUGGAAUUUUUCUAAUUAACCAGCAACAAUGAUUUAUAUAAUAAUAUAAUUAGAAAUUCUAAUUACUUUAUUUUUAUUUUAGUCAUUUAAUUAAAUGCAUGACAGACAUGGGAGAUAACCUAUGUCUUUUUACACUCAACAACCGUGAACAAGCCUAGUAUGAUACUCCUACUCCUACACAUUUUACACCCUCUGAUAAAAGUGUUUUGUGAAGUCAAAUAACUGUUUCUUUAAUCAAAUUUUUUUAAUACUUAUCUGACGAACAAGUUUUAUUUAAAGCAAUACACGAAGGAGUGCCUGGACUGAACUAAGGAUCCUGUGAACCAAUGUGCUGUGUGUGACUUUAUUUUUCUUUUCUUUCCUACGGCUUAUCACACUGCUAAAAGCGUUGUUCUUCCAAGACUCUUCUUUUUUGUCUGGCACCUUCAUUUAACUUAUUUCCUAAGAUCAAACAUUAAAAACAGUCUGUAGCAUGAUAUGGGUGUUUGUUUUGAUACAAGCCAUUUGUUGCAGAUGAAGUAUAAGUUUUGUAUCAAUUGAAUUGAAUUUUUAUAAUUUUAAUACAUUUAAAAUCUUUUUUUUAAGGUAUUAUUUGAAUUGUAUUUCACACAUUUUAAAGUAUUUCUCAUGUUUAGUAGUUAUAUUAAUUUUAUGAAAUGUGAUGCAUUUAUGUAGUGUUCUUUAUUUUUCUAAACUUUAAUUUGCAGUAUUUUAAUAAUGCUCAAUUAUUUGCCAUGAUUCUUAUAUUAUUAAUUUUUUAUAAUCUUAAUUUGUGUCAAUUAAAAAUUGAACAAGUGUGUGUUUGAGAGAGAGACUAAAGGAGAAUAUGAUCUCUUUUUUAACUUAAACAGCAUCUAUCCAUUAAUCUUUCCUAAAUUUUUAUAAAUAUUUCACACAUUUUUUCCAAACCUGUUACAGACCAUUUAUUGCAGUAGGUUACCUCUUCAUUACAUUUUUUGUCUUGUUUUUGUCCUUUGGUAGUUUACAAUAGCGUUGGAACUCCUACUUACUGCAUAUACUUAAAUUACUGGUCAGAUCUUUAAUAAAUUUUUCUCUAUUUUUUUCUAGAAAGUUUUAUGUGUUGUCCAUAUCAAUGUGUCUCAAUAGGCCAUUAUUUCACUUAUUCUCAAGUGUUGGCCUAAGAUAAGUAUUACACAAUUUCUUGUGGUUAUUAUAAAAGUAAUAUAUAUAUAUAUUUAAAUUAAUUAUCUCUCAGCGUUUUUGAUUGUUACAUUUGUGUGCUGUUUCAAUUUCCAGUUGAUCUUAUCAUUAAAAGAUUAUUUUGUAAAGCUAUGUCAAUGAUCUUAAAUUUUUUAAUUUUAGUUAAACAAGCAGUGAUUUUAUUAAAUGUAUUGAUAAGUGUUAAAAUCCUUUUAAUUUUAAGAACUAAUGUCUGAAUAGUGAGAACUAAAAACUGGUAACUGUUUUAACCUGGUAUCCCCUUUGUCUAAUAAGAUCCAUACUGAUCAGGUACUGAACAAGCAUGAAAUAAUGAAUCUCCCGAUUAACUAGGUGACAGUAAUGCACUGCCUCCCCUUGUGGGGACAAAUAUUUUAAGAAAUAAGCAUCUUCUCCAUUGGGUAGAUAUCUAAAAGACCAUUCUACUCAGGGGGGAGGUGUGCCCACAUGUGGGCACUGAUACCUGGGGUGUUCUGUACAAGUACCAAUGUUUUCUGACAGAAGAGUACCCUGUAAAAUUCAUGUGACCAGAAUAACUCGCUAGAGCUUUAAUGUGCAGAUGAGUGGGUGGACCUGAAAGUGACCUACAAGGGAACUUUGAUGUACAAGUUAGAUUUCCAGCUCCUUAAAUAUAGAGAAACUAGUAAUUUUGACAUAUUCAGAAUAAGUGACCACAUUGUAUUUAGUUCAGCCAUUCCUUUUGUUUUAAAGUCUGUGUAUGGCCUCAUGUGAUGAAUGGAACUCUGGGAAUAUUUUUCAUCUUUUAUGGUAUCUUCAGGAAUGUUCCUGUUUCUUUUAGUUAUUCAACAUUCCUAAAAAUAUGUUGUUAAAAAGCAAAAUAAUUUUUCACCCUGGUAGUCACGUCUAAGCAUAUACCAUACAGAGAUGCUAAUGAAAACUACAUAGAUCUACCACUUUCUGGGCUUCCAAAAUAUAUAUGUAUGCUCUAAAGUAGUACUCAAUUCAUAGCAGAUUCAGAACCAGGUAAAAUAAAAUCCCUCUUUGUUUCAAUUUGAAAAUAUACACAUUUUGUAAAACUACAAUUAAACAUUCAUGUAUUUUCAGUUAAAAUUUGUCAAAUAUGUACUAUGAAUUAAGUUUUAUAAUAUGUGCAAAGAUUUUUUUUCAUGUCGAUCAAAAUGUUUUAAUUAGAAAUACAUGAGAGGUUUGUCCAGUUAUUUUAUUUUCCUUGCAGUCUUUUAAAAUCUUACGAUGGCAAAGGCUUGAUGGUGUACUUCGAUCCUUUAUUUUUUUUAAGCUUAAAUUUAAAAUUAACGAUGAUUAAUUUAUAAUACAAAAUACUUAAUCUAAAUUUUAUGUGAAGAAUGUGAUAAGUGUUGUGUUGUUGCAUUGUUGUGCAUUUUUGCCUUCUUGUAACAGCCAUGAAAUAAAGUAAUCUAACAUGA